GAUUUUUUUUCUUCCUUCUUUACCAUGGUGCUCUUAACAUUUUCUUUUAUUUGUUAAAUGCACUUUGAACUGAAUUUUCCCACGAGGCAACGUUUCUUACCACUGCCGACAGAAAGAAAUACAGCGGGAUCCUUUUUGGAUGCAAGCCAAAUUCUGUGAAAGGAACGAUUAACUCCACGUGCUGAAUUCGAUCCGUCACCAUUGCUCUGUUUGGAACAUCAUGAUGGAUGUCAAACACUCUCAUCCGGAUGGAGUCGAUACCAGCAGCACCAACAUCACAGACAAAGACUCAACUUUCUUACAUAGCGGGACAAGACCUGCGGGGACUGAACCCUCUGGGGUACUACAGAAUAAUGGCGCAACUAUAGAAGUGGAAAAGACUUCUCAGCCGGACCAAGCCAAUUUGUUGGCAACGCGCCCAAAUGGGGGAUGGAAGGCCUGGUUACAGGUUGCUUGUGGCUUUUUUCUUUACUUCAAUACCUAUGGUCUCAUCAAUACCUUUGGAAUUUACCAGAAUUACUAUACGACUGAAUUUGGAUUUGAUCCCUCCCGCGCCUCUCUUAUUGGCGGAAUACAGACGUUCCUUCUUUUCUUUGCUAGCGGCGCUGCGGGCCCUUUAUACGAUGCAGGCUAUACAAGCUUUCUCGUUCUAGCAGGGGCAAUUUUUAUUGUUUUAGGGACUAUGAUGCAGAGUCUUUGCAUACAUUAUUGGCAGUUUAUCCUGGCCCAAUCCUUAUGCAUUGGGCUUGGGGGCGGCUUAAUAUCGGCCUUAACGCCUACUGUUCUAUCAACUUACUUUACAUCUUUAUAUCCCUUAACUGUAGGAAUCGCGGGUUCGGGAACCGGAAUCGGCGGUAUUAUCCUACCGAUUGUGUUCCGUGAACUUCAACCUAAGAUUGGGUUUCCAUGGACUGUUCGCGUUAUUGGUUUCAUACUUCUUGCUACACUUCUGCUCCCAGUAUUUUUCCUCCGACCCCGCAUGAUUCCUGGUACUGGCCGCCGCAAAAUUAUUGACACGACAGCCUUCACCGACUGGCCACUUGUUACCUUGUUGAUUGGAAAUUUCAUCUAUCUACUUGGAGGUUUUACGCCUUUCUUUUAUGUUCAAGUAUUCGCAGUUGAAAACAACAUCGCAGACGCAAAUCUCAGCUUCUAUAUUAUUGCAGUUAUGAAUGCGACAUCGGCACUGGGGCGCGUCCUGCCUAACUUCCUUAGCCCAUACACGGGUCCCUUUAAUAUGCUUAUUAUAACAAGUGUUUUAACGUUUGUUUUUGCAUUUGCUUUUGAGGGUGUGCAGAGCCUUGCUUCGCUUAUUAUUGUAAGUAUGGGAUUUGGAGGUGCUACUGGCUUAUUCUUUGCACUACAGCCAGUGGUAGUGAUUGGACUUUGUCCUAACCCCAAGCUUAUUGGAACGCGAGUGGGAAUGGCGUUUUGCUUCUUGUCAUUUUCAGUACUUGCAAGUAACCCUAUCGCUGGUGCUAUCCAGCCCGCCGGUGGUUACUCAGGGGUGUGGAUUUGGACUGGAGUUACUACUGGUGUUGGCACUGCUUUAAUGUUUGCAGCGCGCCUAAUGAAGACAAACGGUGCUCUAAUAACGAAAGUAUAAAAUUUGUGUAUACCUUUGAUGUUUUCCUUGCACCAGCUUUGCUUAUGCUGCAAUUUAAUAUUAUAACUUAGGUUAUACCAACC